CACGAGAGGUAACUACGCAGUGUGAUGAGCAGGCUGUAGUGAGAUGCCGCGUCCGAGCCGAGAGUCGUACGGCGACCAGAAGCCGCCCUACUCGUACAUCUCGCUGACGGCCAUGGCCAUCUGGAGCUCGCCGGAGAAGAUGCUGCCGCUGUCCGACAUCUACCGCUUCAUCAUGGACCGCUUCCCGUACUACCGCAAGAACACGCAGCGCUGGCAGAACUCGCUGCGGCACAACCUGUCCUUCAACGACUGCUUCAUCAAGAUCCCCCGGCGGCCGGACAGGCCCGGCAAGGGCGCCUACUGGGCGCUGCACCCCUCCGCGCUCGACAUGUUCGAGAACGGCAGCCUCCUGCGGCGCCGCAAGCGCUUCAAGCUGAUGAAGACGGACAAGGAGCGUCUGGAAAACGAGCUAGCCGCGUUGGCCAACAUGAACCGCUUCCUCUUCAACCCCUCGUCGACCCCGGAGGCACCUUCGCCGCCGUCGCCGCCGCCACCCCCCCAGCCAACGCAGCCUGUGAGCCGGCGGCUGAGCGAGACCCCCGAGUGCGUGUCGCCGACGCCGUCGGCGCCAAGGCCCAAGCGGGCCUUCACCAUCGAGAGUCUGAUCACCCCGGAUGACAAGCCGACUCCUCCACCUCAGCAGUCGGUGUUCCCUGGGCCAGCGCUGAGUCCGAACGCGGCGGCCGCGCUGCUCUUCUCGCAGCCGCCGCUGCCGCUGCCCCUGCUGGACCCGUCGACGGCCGCCUUCCUCUUCCAGCACCACCAGUCGGCGUCGCACCUCGGCUGGUUCCAGUACCCGCCGUCACCCCUGGACACGCCGUCCAGCUCGCCCCUCCACAUGAGGUUCAGUCCGACCCUGCGCUCCGUCUGACCCGUGCUGACCCCCGCGGAGGUGGCCGCCUUGCAGCGGGCCGCGGCGCCGCCCCUGGACGCGUCCGCUCCCGGACACCACCCCUCUGGGGUCAGCAGGUGACUUUUGUGAUGGUGAACUCUGACACUUUUUGACUCUCCGCGUGUUGAGAGCAGGUGUUUGCUCUUCGUAGAUGCUUUUGGACCCCUCCGAUCGGGGUCUGUUUGUCUGUGUUCUUGUUGCAAAGACUUAUUCUUAAUUUUUAAUUUAUCCCGCGUACGUAAUUAAAUGUGUGCAAUUAUAUAUAACGGACAGAUAGUAAGAGAAAUGUUUUUGUUAUACUUUAUGCAAAUUGUUGUCGUUCCUUAUUGAUUACACAAGAAAUUAUUGUGCAAUGGUUUUUCGAAAAGAUGUACGUAAAAUAUAUCAAACAAACAGAGACAUAUUAGAUAUUCAACUGCGCGCUGCACAUAAUUAAUCAGCACCUCUGAAAAAAACAAUUUUAAUUUUUCUUUGCACAUGCAAGGAGUUAUCAGUCGCUCAAUUUUGCACCCCAAUUGUUUAUUUUCAGUUUGUUUUGUAUUUUCAAUAUUAAUGAUUACGCGUUUUCCUCGAUUGUUUCUCAAUCGUUCCAGCUGAUGUGGUUCCAAAAUUUAUAAACUAUUUCCUCAAUUUAAAUUUGAAUACUCAAGACACUUUUGAAGCGCGCAGGAAAUGAAAAUCGCAGUGAAAUUGACUAUAUGGAUUAUAUGCUACAAAUAAAUGUUCCUUUUAAUUUACUGCUGAGAAUUGACUAUGCGUAUUAUGAUAACAAUAAAUACAAAACAAAGUAAGUAAUUUAAAUUGCUGAUUAUGAUGUUACAAGACAAAGGCUCAGAAUAAAUAUAAUAUAUUAAAAUGAAAAUAAA